AUGAAGGCCUCCAUCUCUCUCGCUGCCCUCACUGCCCUGGCGGCCACCGUCGAGGCUCAGAACUACCUCGGCUUCAACUCUGGUGCCACCAAGGCCGACCGCUCCGCCAAGUUCAAGGCCGACUUCGAGGCCGAGUUCAAGACUGCCCAGGGCCUCGAGGGUGCUCCCGGCGACUUCAACGCCGUCCGCCUCUACACCAACAUCCAGGCCUACUCCACCCAGGACCCCAUUGAGGCUUUCGAGGCUGCCAUCGAGACCAAGACCUACAUCCUUCUCGGUAUCUGGACCUCCGGCACCGACAACAUUGACAAGGAGAUCAAUGCCCUGAAGACCGCCGUCACCAAGUACGGCACCAAGCUCACCGACCUCAUCAUCGGUGCCUCCAUCGGUUCCGAGGACUUGUACCGCAACUCCGUCACCGGUGUCAAGAACAAGUCUGGUGUCGGUGCGGACCCCAAGACCCUCGUCGGCUUCAUCAACGACUUCAAGACCGCCUUCAAGGACACCCCUCUGUCCAAGGUCUCCAUCGGCCACGUCGACACCUGGGAUGUCUGGGGAAACUCCACCAACAAGCCCGUCCUCGACGCCGUUGACUGGGUUGGUGUUGACGAGUACCCCUACUACGAGAACGACAAGGGCAACACCAUCGACAACGCUGGUUCCCUCUUCGACAAGGCCUACGAUGCCACCGUCGCCACCGCUGGCGGCAAGCCCGUCUGGGUCACCGAGACCGGCUGGCCCGUCACCGGCGAGACUUGGGACCAGGCCGUUCCCAGCGCCAAGAACGCUCAGAAGUACUGGCAGGAGGUCGGUUGCCGCAAGCUCUUCAACAAGGUCCCCACCUUCUGGUACAACCUUCGCGACUCCAACCCCGACAACUCCAUGAAGUUCGCCAUCACCAAGGACCUGUCCACCACCCCUCUGUUCAACCUCACCUGCCCCACCACCUUCGACACUCCCUCCAGCACCAAGACCGCCUCUGCCUCCGGUACUGCCACCGCUAAGCCCAGCUCUUCCUCUGGCGCCAGCUCUGGCUCCGGCAACAGCACCAGCGGCGGCUCCGGCUCCGGCUCCGGCUCUGGAAGCGGCUCUGGCAGCGGUUCUAACUCGACCGUCUCCACUGCCGCUCCCUCUGCCACCUCCGGUUCCGGCUCCUCCGGCAGCGGAUCCGGCUCUGGAUCCAGCGCCAGCAGCACGCCCUCCGCGGUUGCUGGCUCUGGCGCCGCCGGCCUCCAGGCCUUCACCACCGGUGCUCUGGCCGUCGUUGCCGGCGCUUUCGCCCUCCUCUACUAA